GUUUCGGGUAUAUCUUGCUGCAUUUCCUUGCAGUUUAGUAGUUUUAUCUCGUACCAUUGUGACUACCAAAGGCUUUGACAAUGCAACAGGAAUGGUGGGUUGUGUCCGAUUAUAUAGUGCCUGCAACAAUGAAAGCACCGCGGGUGCUGAUGCCUCGGUGGAAGUGCCAAAGCUACAUAACAUAAAACUAGCUUUUAAAAGAAGCCAAGAAUUAAUUUUCUGCAUGCGAAUAGUGGGUAAUGAUCAACCAUGAUUGUUGUUAAAAACGAUCGAUGCCAAAAGUUCAAGUCUAAAAUUAAUGGCUGCAAGUCAGCAGAGCCUUGCAGCUCUCUGCUCACUCUUGCAGCUACCAAUAGCUAGCGUUCUAGUGCAGAGCUAACUACUAAGUAGAGUAGUAACACUCGGUGAACAAGUUUUACUACGGACUCUUCUGAAAAGGCUGCAAUGGCAUUCCAAGUAAGCAAAACUAGGCAUAACUCGAGAACAAAGCAUUAUUUUGCAAAUCCACGAAUUAAAAUCCAAGUAAACAUGACUAGAAGCCUAUAGAAACUCUUACUUGCACUUGAUUCAUCCUUGAGCAGCUGUAGCGGUCUACACACACACACAGACACACAGACACACUACCGUAUACCGUAUAUUUCGAGGGUAUAAAUGUUCGCGGUUUUCGCGGAUUGAGCCUGUACCGCGAAAAUUUAUACCCACGAAAAUUUAUAAUAGUAGGCGUGUUCAGUAUUAUGGAUUCGAGGCUAACAGUGGAGUGGUACAGCUGCAUGUUGAUGUGCGCAUGCGCCAAAAGGCUGGAACUCAGACCACGAAAAUAAAAUCUGCGAAAUCCUUUGUAAUGGUCCAUCCGCAUCCGCGAAAAUUUAUACCCUCGAAAUAUACCCGCUAUACGGUACCUCGCUUGCGCAUGCGCACCGAGGCAUAAUAAUAUGGGUUCUUGCACAUUCUUACUGGAGAAGGCAGUGCUAGGCUGGGCCCCUAGUACAUUGUUCUGUAUACUGCACUGGUAGGAGUGGUACAUGGCUAGAGCUGAAGAAGGAUGAGGAUGAGAAGGAAGUGUAAAUCUAUGUUGUGUGUGCUGGUGCUGGUGGCCUUGCUGAGUGGCCUCACAGUCCUGGUGGAGCUCAACCAUAUCAAGCUCAGCUUGGGAGUUGAAGACACCCAAUCAUCAUCAACCAAUGUCACCCCAUCGUCACACUCUCGUCUCUGUCAGCCCACUCAGGCCUUGUGCAGUACCCCCCACAGUCAGACCCCCCGUCGUGUCAUCAUCGCAGGGGCUCUCUCAUUCGUUGGCUCGAGACUAGCUGCUCAUCUGACUGCUAACGGACUCACUGUCUACGGCUUUGCCAGUACCAGUGAUACUAUACUAGAGGACAGGGUGAUCUGGUAUCGUAAGGAGCAAUUGGCAGCUUCCGGAGUAGCCAUAGAAAUUAUUGACCCGUCUAAUGAAACACAACUGGAGAGAAAACUAAUAACGUAUUUAUCAGAAGAUACAGUAAUAGUGUACGUGCCAACUCUGGACACGGGGAGUGACUCACGGCAGAAUUCACACAAAGCUGAGCAAUUUGUGAAAUUAUUAGAAUUGGCACGCAAACGAUCACCAUGCACGGAAGUGAUGCUAAUAUCAGACUUGACUGAAACUACAGCAACUUGGACAGACACGUUUGAGCUAUUACUGUCUUCGUAUCACAGUGUGUAUGAUGUUCCCAUGACAAUACUAAGAGUGAGUGGUGUGUAUGGGCCAUGGAGUGAUGCAGCACUCUCAUGGUACCACCCACUAGCCAGUGAUCAUGGACACACUGCAAGUAGCCGUCAGUUAGAGCUAUGUUGGUAUAUCGAUGAUAUGGUGGAUGUGUUGUACAGAGCUGUUGCUAGAACUCACAGAACUGACUGUGAAGUAAUUGAUCUGGGUAGUUGUUUAACACAAGACAUUCCUCUAACAGCGAAAAUUAAGGAACUACACUUAGACAGAUUUACAACAGAAUUUGUGCAGACUCAAGAUACAAUUAAUUCUUGGAAUAAAUUGAAAAUUUACAAGAAUCAACUGCACACUAUUGGUAGAGGAGUGAUGAAGUCACUGUCUUGGGCUAAAGCAUUCGAAUCUUCUCAAGAGAUGGACAUGGUUAAUAGAAACGUUGUCCUCACCUCAUACUUCACCAGCGAGCUAGAUGCCCAGAGAGGAAUACGCAAGAAAUCAAAUUGUUUCUCAUACAUCAGUGACUGGUACAAGAGUGUGGUGAGACUUGGCAUGUCUGCAGUGAUAUUCCAUGAUGGUUUAGGCCCAGAGUUCCAGCACAAACUAACCCAGUACCAUCCCAGGGUGAGCUUCGAGUAUGUGCCUUCUCUAAAGGGACGUAGUACCAAUGAUGCUCGUUUUUACUCCUACCUCAAAUAUCUGGAACACCAUCCUGACAUUCGCCAUGUACUCCUAACUGAUAUAGCAGAUGUUUCAUUUCAAAUGGACCCUUUCAAGCUCAUGCAUUUACUGGGUGAAUGGUUAUACAUUGGAUCCGAUGUUGAUACUUUUCCGAACAUGGAAACCAUGCCAUGGAUGCAGGAACGUUUCACUAGCUGUUUCCGUAAUUAUUCGGUGGAGCGAGGCCUACCCCACACACUGACACAGAUGAACACUGUAUACAAUGCUGGUGUUAUAGGAGGCUCUAGGGAACUCAUGCUGACGGUACUGACUAAAGUUGUUGCUUAUCUUGACACCACCCCCCCUCAGUCAAACUGUAAUAUGCCUGCUGUGAAUAUAGCCGUGCACAAACAUUUCUUUGAACGUGUGUUUACAGGUUACCCUCUAACGAGCAGGUUUCCAUGGAGACAGGUGUCACCACAAGGAGUGUUUAUACUGCACAAGUAACGAUCACAUGCUCAUGCAAGAUUUUAAAAUUCAAUAUUUUUGACAUUAUAUUUAAACUAACAGUAUAUACAGCAUAAUAA